UAUUCUGUAACCGGAGAUGUAGUAAGUCCACCUUUGGUUUCUGGUAUCGAAAACUUGAUUAGCGGACGAAUUAAUAAAGGAAUGGCUUUUACUUUAAACGAAAGACAGGCUUUAGGUAUCCACGGAUUGCAACCGGCAAGAUUUACCACUCAAGAAGAACAAAUGGAAGUUUGUAAAAUUUGUAUAGAACGUUACACGGAGGAUAUUAAUAAAUAUUUGUACCUGAUUGAAUUGCGAGAUACCAAUGAAAGAUUGUUUUAUCGUUUUGUGAACCAAUAUAUUGAGGAAAUGUUGCCUAUUAUGUAUACUCCAACUGUUGGACAGGCUUGUCAGAUGUUUGGCCUAAUUUACAGAAGACCACGUGGAAUAUUCGUGACAAUAAGUGACAAGGGCCAUGUUUAUGAUGUUUUAAAAAAUUGGCCGGAAUUUGAUGUCAGAGCUGUUUGUAUGACUGAUGGUGAAAGGAUUUUAGGUUUAGGAGAUUUAGGUGCCUUCGGCAUGGCCAUUCCAGUGGCCAAAUUAUCCCUAUACACCGCCCUGGCCGGAGUAAAACCACACAGAUGUCUUCCUGUAAUGUUGGACGUCGGUACAAACAAUAUGAACCUCCUAGAAGAUCCUUUGUACAUUGGCAUCAGAAGAAAAAGAGUCACUGGAGACGAGUACUACGAAUUUAUGAACGAGGUCAUGCAUGCUGUUGCCAGACGUUAUGGCCAAAAUACAGUGAUACACUUUGAGGAUUUCGGUAAUCCUAAUGCGUUCACCUUUUUGGAGAAGUACCAGAACCAGUUUUGUACCUUCAACGACGACAUCCAGGGUACUGCUGGAGCAGUUUUGGCAGGUCUAAUAUGUUCCAAUCGCAUCACAAAAAUCAAAAGACUAUCAGAUCACAAGAUUUUAUUUUUGGGCGCCGGAAUGGCAGCCACUGGAAUCGCCAAUUUGUGCAUAAUGGCCAUGAUGAAGGAAGGAAUCACCAGAGAAGAAGCCAUUGAGAAACUUUAUAUGUUUGAUCUUCAGGGUUUAUUAGUAAAGGAUUCUAGCAGAAAAUUGACGGACGUACAGUUGCCUUUUGCCAAAGAUGCUCCCCCAAAUACAAAUUUUGCAGAUGUGGUGAGAGAUAUCAAGCCAACGGUUCUGAUAGGAUGUGCGACUGCUCCAGGAGCUUUUACUGAUGAAAUUUUGAGAGAGAUGGCUAGUUUCAAUGAGACUCCUUUGAUUUUUGCAUUGUCUAAUCCUACCAGUAAGGCUGAGUGUACUGCUAAGCAGGCCUAUGACCAAACAGAAGGCAGAUGCAUCUACUCCUCCGGUUCACCUUUCCCAGAAUACAAGAGCACCAGCGGAAAAAUCCUAAAACCUGGACAAGCCAACAACUCCUACAUUUUUCCAGGGGUUGCUUUGGGGGCUAUUGCUUGUGGAGCUUUGAGGAUAAACGAUGAAAUGUUUUUGUUGGCAGCUGAAACCCUCGCAGAAUUAGUUGAUGACAAACAGUUACAGCAAGGGACUAUUUACCCACCCCUGAGUUCUCUGAGAAAUUGCUCCUUGGCUAUAGCUAGAAAAUUAGCCAAGUACGCCUAUGAUAAAGGAAUUGCCUCCAGGUUGCCCCCGCCUAAAGACACAGAUUGUUACUCUAUUUUUGCUUACAGGUAUGAUUUUUACUAUUCCGACGAAGCAAUGCCCAAAAAAUACCCCUGGCCUGAAAUCAAGGAAAAGUACAAGUUGAGGGACAUCAAAUGCUGUCGACCAAUGAAGAAAAAAAAUCAGGAAAAGGUCACUCCGACCUUUAUUUAA